AAGCAAGACAAGUUAUUAAAAGACUUGUCGUUGACAUGAUCAGGAAGCAAUAUUUACAAUAUUCCUGUUUACAGCAUCCGGUUGUUAGAUGCGAUCUGAUAAUCACGUGAUUGGUGAUUUUUGUAACCAGUACAGCUUCCAAAAUGUUUGCCGGAUGAACAGUCCUUACAAAAUUUCUAAUCAGGUUACAUUCUUUGAAAGUAUGUAAAAGAUUUGAAAGUUUGACAUCACUAGCUCAACGCCCUCUUGGUUUCCUCGAGCAGAUAUUAUAUAUGGACCAAAAGAUCAUACCAAACAUGGCGCUGCUUUGUUGCAAAAAGACCGUCAAUAUAUCUCAAAUAGAAGCUGCUCUAGAGAUCUUAGUUAGUCGACAUCCUAUGCUUAGAGUGACCAUUAAAAAAGACAAUAACGCUCCAUAUUUUAUAGAAAAAAGUCAUGUACCAAUAAAUAUCCGCGUGUUCGACACUAACAAUUGGUAUCCUGUAUCUCAAAACCAGUAUGCAGCACAUUUUGGAGACGAAUUACAUUUGUGGAGAUUCAAUUUAAUACAGAAUGAAAGAUAUAAUGAAGACAAUUUACUUCAUUUUGUAUUUUCAAUGCAUCAUAGCAUAGUAGAUUUUCCAUAUUCUUUUGUGAUUACUUUAGAUUUCUUAACGAUAUUGAAAGACAUUCAAAAUGGAUUGCAUACCACUCAAUAUGAAGAGUAUUUAUUUCCGGUUUCCGUGGAACAAGUAAAAGGUCUUGAGUAUAAGGAUACAACUUUUGAAGAAUCAGAUUAUAAUCUUUCAACCGUUCGAAUUUCUCCUACCGUUACAGCACUGCAAGCAUACGAAUAUUUCUUUAUGGAUGAAAUAAAGCUCUUAUCCUCAAGACCAAACACCAUAACCGCGACUAAAUGGCAAGUAGUAGACAAUCACCAAACUGAGAAUUUUUUUUCAAAAUGCAAAGCUGAAAAAGUUUCAAAAAAUGCUGCUAUAUUGGCAGCAUUAGUGACAUCUUUUGCCAAACUUUUGAAUUCAAAAGGAUGUACUGAUGACGUGGACAUUCAGUUUGCUUUUUGGACGAAUUUGCGUAGAUAUAUGGACAAUUGUGAUGAUUACUACGCAGGGUUAGCAGUCGUGCCAUGUCCAGUAUCAGUCAUAGUCAACACAAAACAAUCUUCACACAAAGUAUACUGGGAUAUUGCAAGGAACAUCCGUGACCAAACUGCAGCGGCAAUAAACAAUAGAAAACCAAUUCAAGUGUUACAGAAGGAUAUUCCUAGCUGGAUUAAAGAUGGUCGUACGAAAGGAAAGUCCAGUAAUGUCUUUUCACUAUCUAACGUUGAUCAAAUAGUUGUAAGAUCAGAUAUUGAAGAGAACUUCCGACCUUUAGAUUUUCAAGUCAUUUCAGAUGUCAAAAUAGAUUACUCCCCAAUAUUUUUAGUACUGACAUCUGUUUUAAAUGGCAAUUUAAAUAUAUCUGUCCAUUAUUCUUCACAAUAUACUUCAGAGGAAACAGCACAUACCUUUACCAGUAAUAUAAAGACUAUAAUUGAAAGAUGUAUCGACUAAAAUACUUUGAUUUUACUCUCCUAGCUGCCUAACCAAUUUCAUUCUUUCGUAUAAUUAUUUCAAACAAAGUUAGUUGCAAGUGACAACUUAAGGUUGUUUGGAAGAUUGUUUAACGCUCUGUAUUUUUGUUAUUUUUCUUUUUUGCUUAAUUUGGAUUAAAUUUGCUGUAAAAAUUAAAUAAGAAACUAUUCUUGUACACAUGAUUCUCUUGGCUUUAUUUGAUUAAACUUGGGGAAUAAAACGUAAAAAUGUGCCUAUUUUGGCAAAUACUUUUUGUUCGCAUUAUUCAUCAUAGCCCCCAAGCCAAGUACACGAUAGUUGUAAAAUUAGUUAACCUUGCUGUCAAUGGUAUAAGUGAGCUAAUUUUACGGUAUGACAUAGUGUUUUGUUAAGUUCAUUGUCGUUAAUGUGAUAAAGUAUUGUUACUGUGAUACGACUAAGUUUGUGGCAAAUUAAUGAAAGUUAGAAGUAAAUUAUGAGAUAGGUUUAACAUAAAUACUCUCACAUGCUAACAUA